AUGGUUUCCUUCACGACGCUCCUUCUCCUCGCAGCACCCAUAACCUCAGUCCUGGCAAACAACCCCGUCAAGGUUCGAGGACACCAGGUCAUGGCCCGCCCGGACGGUCGUGGAAGUCCAACGGCGGGGACAAUGACCUUCGAAAUCAUGACCAGCACGGGGAUGAUUUUAUGCGGGUUUACGGAUACGUACAACGGUCGCCAGUGGCAAGGCUACGAGAAGAUUUUCCCUUGUCAAGGCGGCACUAGAGGCGGACAGAUUUCGUGGAAAAUGAGCGCCUCGGCGCCUCAGGUGACUUAUUACGAUCCCGGUGGCGACAGGCUGGUGUAUGAGUCGCUAUACUCUGCUGCGAACUGGGAAUAUAUUUCGAGGAUGGAGGCCAUCGGCGAAGCACCUCUCGUCCGCGGUCGAGGACAGGGUGGGAAGGUUAAAGCGCAGAACCCCAAAGACAAGGAACGUGAGAGGCAGAAGCUUGAGCAGAUGGAGUACGAGUUAAGGAAAUUGGAUAUCGCUCAAGUCAAGAAUCCGAAUUACGAGAGGGAGAAGUAUCAGAAAGCGAAGCUUGAGCGACAGAGAAAGCAACAGCAGGGACAAGGAAGAUAG